AUUCAGCUGUUUUUGACGUUUGUUUUGUUUGUAAUUUUUGUGUUUCACGGGUUUGUAUUUAUGCACAAAAUUGUAAAUUAAACUACAAUAAUGAGUACUAAAAAGGAGAAAAACUCUAAAAAAGAAGACAAGGUGCCCAUAGUGAUAAAAAAUGCUACAGACCUACAAAGGCUUAAAUUGGAAAAGUUGAUGAAAAAUCCGGAGAAACCAGUAGUCCUGCCAGAGCCCCCGAGGCAGAAGUCCCUGGCGGCGCCGCCUGACUUCGUGCGCAACGUGAUGGGGUCGAGCGCGGGCGCCGGGUCUGGAGAGUUCCACGUCUACAGACAUCUCCGGCGGAAGGAGUACGCGCGACAGAAGUUUAUACAGGAAAAGAGUGAAAAGGAAAAGCUAGAUGAUGAAUACCAUGCCAAAAUAGAAGCAAAUAAAAGAGCCGCUGAUGAGAAAACAGCGAAGAAAAGAGCUAAACGUCUUAAGAAAAAGAAGCUAGCUAAAAUGAAGGGUAAAAAGCCUAAAGUUGAAAAUGCUGCUCCAACAUCCUCACAAUCAGACAGCAGCAGUGAAGAUGAACAACAAUCUGAAUCAAAUGAAGAUACCAACAGCCAAGUUUCAACGCAAACAGAAGACCCUAGCAGUAAUUUAAAUAAGCCAAACAGUGAAGAAGUAAAUAAAUAAAAACUUUUUAUUUUAAUACAUUAA